GGGCUCGAGUGAUUAUGGCGUGCAGAGACGUGGAAAAGGGCGAGGAGGCCGCCGCCAGCAUACGAGCUGCGUGCCCCGACGCACAGGUGGAGGUUCGAGAGCUGGAUUUGGCAGAUACCUGCUCUAUACGUGCCUUUGCACAGGAAUUCCUGAGAGAGGUGAAUCGUCUUCAUAUCCUCAUCAACAACGCCGGCGUGAUGAUGUGUCCUUACACUAAAACCAUCGAUGGCUUUGAGAUGCACAUCGGAGUCAAUCACUUGGGUCACUUCCUGUUGACGUCGCUCCUGAUCGGGCUGCUCAAACGCAGCGCGCCGGCCCGAAUCAUCGUGGUCUCCUCUCUGGCGCACAACUUCGGCUGGGUCCGUUUCCACGACCUCCACAGCCAGGGCAGCUACAACAGUGGAUUAGCGUACUGCCAGAGCAAACUGGCAAAUGUGCUGUUUGCCAGAGAGCUGGCCCGUAGACUCAAAGACACCAAUGUGACUGUGAACUCAGUCCACCCGGGGACGGUGAACUCUGACCUGACGCGACACUCGACCCUCAUGACGAUAUUCAUGACGUUCUUCUCCACGUUUGUAAAAACCCCGCGGGAAGGAGCGCAGACCAGCAUCUACUGUGCCGUGGCCGAGGAGCUGCACUCUGUCUCUGGGAAACACUUCAGGUGGGUGACAACAAGUUAGAUCAGAGUUCGGUUAGAGACCUGG